CCUUGUGGCCCUGUCAAGAAAAGAGACUCCAAUGGACUUACACCGGGCAGCUUUCAAGAUGGAAAACUCCUCCUACCUUCCCAAUCCUUUGGCAUCUCCAGCCCUGAUGGUCCUGGCUUCCACUGCUGAAGCCAGCCGUGAUGCUUCCAUCCCCUGCCAACAGCCCAGGCCCUUUGGGGUCCCUGUGUCAGUGGACAAGGAUGUGCACAUCCCGUUCACCAAUGGCUCCUAUACUUUUGCCUCUAUGUAUCACCGACAAGGUGGGGUGCCUGGAGCAUUCACCAACCGUGAUUUUCCACCUUCGUUGCUGCAUCUCCAUCCUCAGUUUGCACCCCCUAAUCUGGACUGUACCCCAAUCAGCAUGCUGAACCACAGUGGUGUUGGGGCCUUCCGUCCCUUUGCCUCCACUGAGGACCGGGAGAGUUAUCAGUCGGCUUUUACACCUGCCAAGCGCCUCAAGAACUGUCAUGAUACCGACUCUCCCCAUCUACGCUUCUCAGAUGCUGAUGGCAAGGAGUAUGAAUUUGGAGCCCAACUCCCAUCUGGCUCUCCCGGCUCCCUCAAAAUUGAUGAUACUGGAAAAAAGAUUUUUGCUGUCUCUGGCCUCAUUUCAGACAGAGAGACUUCCUCCAGUCCUGAGGACCGAAAUGAUAGAUAUAGAAGCGACAGCCAAGGAGGGCCACCAGUGUCCGUGGGGGCCAGCCAGCGCAUGGCGUUAACUUUCCCCCUCU